CUUUUCUUUUUUUUUUUCUUUUUAUAUAUAAAAAAGAAGUGAUAUCAAGUUAUACUAAUAAGUUCAUGUCCAAUAUUGAAGAGCUCAACGUUCCUUUUGAUCCGUUUGCUGAUGUUGAUGAAGAUAAUAAGCAACAAGCUAAUAACAAUAUCCAUUUACGUAUUCAACAAAGAAACGGUAGAAAGACAUUGACCACUCUUCAAGGACUUCCUACACAAUAUGAUGCUAAGAAAAUUUUGAAAACAUUUAAAAAGCUAUUUGCUUGUAAUGGUACAAUUGUCGAAGAUGAAGAACAUGGUGACAUUUUGCAACUCACAGGUGAUCAAAGGUUAAAGAUUGCUGAAUUCUUAGUUGAAGAAAAAAUUGCUAAAAAGACUGACAUCAAAAUUCAUGGUUUUUAAAGAAUAUAUCAUUUUUUUUGUAUAUAUUUUAUAUAAUAAAAUUAAUUAUCAUACUAUGAUGUAAAGGAUUAAAUGCAUGUUAUUUGGAAUAAGUGAAGGAAGAGGGAAAAAAAAACUAAUGCUAUGCUAAUACUAAAUGGUGAGACUUUUUUUUUUAAGGCAGCACUUGCAUAUAGCGGAG